GGAGGGAGCGAGAGAGCAAAAGAAGGAAAAGAUCCAAGAAAAAAAAAAACACCCAACCACACAGCAGCGGCUGCAGGACUGGGCACAGCAUGAGAUCCAAAGGCAGGGCAAGGAAACUGGCCACAAGUCAUGAAUGCGUAUAUGACAACUACCUUGAAAUACCUUUGGAAGACAUGCCAGAUGCAGAUAGGGUAGCUGGCACUCCCUCCCUGAUUCAAGAACCAUGUUCUCCAGCCACGUCCAGUGAAGCAUUCACUCCCAAAGAGGGCUCUCCUUACCAAGCUCCCAUCUACAUCCCUGAUGACAUCCCCAUCCCUGCUGAAUUUGAACUUCGAGAGUCAACUAUGCCUGGUGUGGGCCUAGGAAUAUGGACCAAAAGGAAGAUUGAAGUAGGUGAAAAGUUUGGGCCUUAUGUGGGAGAACAGACAUCAAAACUGAAAGACCCAAGUUAUGGAUGGGAGAUCUUAGAUGAGUUUUGCAAUGUGAAGUUCUGCAUAGAUGCCAGUCAACCAGAUGUAGGAAGCUGGCUCAAGUACAUCAGGUUCGCCGGCUGUUAUGAUCAGCACAACCUGGUUGCAUGCCAGAUAAAUGAUCAGAUAUUCUAUAGAGUAGUGGCAGACAUCGCACCUGGGGAAGAACUCCUGCUGUUCAUGAAGAGUGAGGACUAUUCCCAUGAAACCAUGGCGCCCCACAUCCACGAAGAACGGCAGUAUCGGUGUGAGGACUGUGACCAGCUCUUUGAAUCCAAGGCUGAACUAGCAGACCACCAAAAGUUCCCGUGCAGCACGCCUCACUCCGCAUUCUCCAUGGUGGAAGAGGACUUCCAACAGAAACUGGAAAGUGAGAAUGAGCUCCGAGAGAUACACGCCAUCCAGGAGUGUAAGGAAUGUGACCAGGCCUUCCCCGACUCACAAAGCUUGGAGAAACACAUGCUGUCCCAUACUGAAGAGCGCGAGUACAAGUGUGAUCAGUGUCCCAAGGCGUUCAACUGGAAGUCCAAUUUGAUUCGCCACCAGAUGUCACAUGACAGUGGAAAGCACUAUGAAUGUGAAAACUGUGCCAAGCAGGUGUUCACGGACCCUAGCAACCUACAGCGGCACAUUCGCUCUCAGCAUGUUGGUGCCCGGGCCCAUGCUUGCCCUGAGUGUGGUAAAACGUUUGCCACGUCAUCAGGCCUCAAACAACACAAGCACAUCCACAGCAGUGUGAAGCCCUUUAUCUGUGAGGUCUGCCAUAAAUCCUAUACUCAGUUUUCAAACCUUUGUCGUCAUAAGCGCAUGCAUGCUGAUUGCAGAACCCAAAUCAAGUGCAAAGACUGUGGACAAAUGUUCAGCACUACGUCUUCCUUAAAUAAACACAGGAGGUUUUGUGAGGGCAAGAACCAUUUUGCGGCAGGUGGAUUCUUUGGCCAAAGCAUUUCACUUCCUGGAAACCCAGCUAUGGAUAAAACGUCCAUGGUUAAUAUGAGUCAUGCCAACCCGGGCCUUGCUGACUAUUUUGGCGCCAAUAGACAUCCUGCUGGUCUUACCUUUCCAACAGCUCCUGGAUUUUCUUUUAGCUUCCCUGGUCUGUUUCCUUCCGGGUUGUACCACAGGCCUCCUUUGAUACCUGCUAGCUCUCCUGUUAAAGCACUAUCAAGUACUGAACAGUCAAACAAGAGUCAAAGUCCCCUCAUGACACUACCAGCUACACAAGAUAUUUUGAAGGCACUCUCUAAACACCCACCUGUAGGGGACAAUGAGCCAGUGGCGCUGCAGCCCGAGGGGUCCUCUGAAGAGGGACCCCUUGAGAAAAUCAGUGACCAGUCAGAGAGUAGUGACCUUGAUGAUGUCAGUACGCCAAGUGGCAGUGACCUGGAGACAACCUCGGGCUCUGAUCUGGAAAGUGACCUUGAAAGUGAUAAAGAGAAAUGUAAAGAAAAUGGUAAAAUGUUCAAAGACAAAGGAAGCCCUCUUCAGAAUCUGGCUUCAAUAAAUAAUAAGAAAGAAUACAGCAAUCAUUCCAUUUUCUCACCAUCUUUAGAGGAGCACACAGCGGUGUCAGGAGCUGUGAAUGAUUCUAUAAAGGCUAUUGCUUCUAUUGCUGAAAAAUACUUUGGUUCCACAGGACUGGUGGGGCUGCAAGACAAAAAAGUUGGAGCUUUACCUUACCCUUCCAUGUUUCCCCUCCCAUUUUUUCCAGCAUUCUCCCAAUCCAUGUACCCAUUUCCUGAUAGAGACUUGAGAUCGUUACCUUUGAAAAUGGAACCCCCAUCACCAAAUGAAGUAAAGAAACUUCCGAAGGGAGUCUCUGAAUCCCCCUUUGAUCUCACCACUAAGCGCAAAGAUGAGAAGCCCUUGACUCAAGUCCCCUCCAAGCCUCCGGCCACACCAGCCACCAGCCAGGACCAGCCCCUGGAUCUGAGCAUGGGCACUAGGAGUAGAGCCAGUGGGACAAAGCUGAGCGAGCCCCGGAAGAACCACGUAUUUGGGGAAAAGAAGGGAAGUCACUCCGAAGCCAGACCAUCCGCAGAUAGCUCCUUACAGCACGCAAGGCCCACUCCCUUCUUUAUGGACCCCAUCUACAGAGUAGAGAAAAGAAAAUUAACUGACCCACUUGAAGCUUUAAAAGAGAAAUACUUGAGACCUUCUCCAGGAUUCUUGUUCCACCCACAAUUCCAAUUGCCUGAUCAGAGAACUUGGAUGUCCGCGAUAGAAAACAUGGCAGAAAAGCUAGAGAGCUUCAGUGCGCUGAAGCCGGAGGCUAGCGAGCUGCUGCAAUCCGUGCCCUCUAUGUUCAGCUUCAGAGCGCCUCCAAAUACCUUACCUGAGAACCUUCUGCGGAAGGGGAAGGAGCGCUACACCUGCAGAUACUGUGGCAAGAUUUUCCCAAGGUCUGCGAACCUAACACGGCACUUGAGAACCCACACGGGAGAACAACCUUACAGAUGCAAGUACUGUGACCGAUCAUUUAGCAUAUCUUCUAACCUCCAGCGCCAUGUUAGAAACAUCCACAACAAGGAGAAGCCGUUUAAGUGUCACUUGUGUGAUAGGUGUUUUGGUCAACAAACCAACUUAGACAGACACCUAAAGAAACACGAGAAUGGGAACAUGUCUGGUACGGCAACAUCAUCGCCUCACUCUGAACUGGAGAGUACAGGGGCGAUUCUGGAUGACAAAGAAGAUGCCUACUUCACAGAAAUCCGAAAUUUCAUCGGGAAUAGCAACCACGGCAGCCAGUCCCCCAGAAAUGCCGAGGACAGGAUGAAUGGCAGUCACUUUAAGGAUGAAAAAGCAUUGGUGACCAGUCAGAACUCAGAUAUACUGGACGAUGAAGAAGUGGACGAUGAGGUGCUAUUAGAUGAGGAGGAUGAAGAUAACGAUAUCACUGGGAAAGCCAGCAAGGAGGCAGUGAUGGGAGACUUACAUGAAGGAAUCCCUGAGGAUGAUUACGAGGAGGCCAGUGCGCUGGAGAUGAGCUGCAAGACAUCCCCAGCCAGGUAUAAAGAGGAAGAAUAUAAAUCUGGACUUUCUGCUCUAGAUCAUAUAAGGCACUUCACAGAUAGCCUCAAAAUGAGGAAAAUGGAAGAUAAUCAAUAUACUGAAGCCGAGCUGUCUUCUUUUAGUACUUCCCAUGUACCAGAGGAACUUAAACAGCCGUUACACAGAAAGUCUAAAUCACAGGCGUAUGCUAUGAUGCUGUCAUUGUCUGACAAGGAUUCUCUUCAUUCCACAUCCCACAGUUCCUCCAGCAUGUGGCACAGCAUGGCGAGGGCUGGGGCGGAAGCCAGUGCCAUCCAGUCCAUUAGCCACGUAUGACGCUGUCAGGGUUCAACCAGAGCGGGACCAAGUCCAGCGGUAGCAUGGCUCGUUCACGUGGGCUCCUAACCAGACUGCUGAGCAGAAUGCCUUAGAAACCCGAGGGUCAUUCAUUAAAAAGUCUGAUGACCUUAAACUGAAUGAUGAACGAAAAAGAAAAGAAAAAGAAAGAAAGAAAGAAAGAGAAAGGAGAAAGAAAAGAAAGGAAAACUAUUUAUUCUCGAUAUUCUCGUUUUGCACAGCAAAGGCAGCUGCUAACUUCUGCAGGAUCAAUUUGACUAAAAGGAUUCAAUAAAAACAAACCACUGGGCGGAAGUUCACUCCAUGCUUGGGUGUUGGGGGGCUGAGAGGGGCUGUAGGGAUGACCCUACGGGUAGGCAAGGAGUCCUUCUUUGUAUAAGGUCACCUGACCUGAUUGGGAACAGUUGCUUUAAAUUGCAGUUUUAAUGUUUUUUUUUCCUUUGUUAAAAUUUUAUGUAACUUAACCUUUUGAAAAUGGAGGUAGUUGGAUGAAAUGCACAGUCAGUGAUGAUAGAAACUGAUACCACGAGUACUCGUACCCCCCUCCCCUACCUCCUUGACUUUGGCCUUCUUCACUACAUUGUUUCAAACGAGGGAGAAGAGAAGGUGGACACUACGGAAGGUCAGGCUCCAAGAGAUUAAUCGAUGAAGUAGCCUGCUCGUCACCAUACCACUAAUAAAACAUUUGCCAAAUCCUUGUCAUAACAUCUUAAUUUUAGACAAUCAUGUCACUGUUUUUUUUUUUAAUGUUCUAAAUUCCUUUCUUUGUGUUGUGUGUAUCAUGUAUUUAUUUGUUGGCAAACUAUUGUUUGUUGAUUAAAAUAGCACUGUUCCAAUCAGCCACUAUUUUACAAUGUCCCAGGCCCGCCCUCGAUGAGUGGAAGGGCGCGGGUGACACGGCCUGGUGUUUGGCUUUUCUUAACAUUCCUUUUUUUUUUUUUUUUUGGUUGUUGUUGUUUUUGUUUUCCUUCUUAAUGAAAUAAAUAUGAAUAGAUGCGACUUAGUUUUUGUAAUACUGAAAUCGAUUCAAUUGUAUAAACGACUAUAAUUUUCUUUCAUGAAAGCAUGAUUCUUCUGAUUAAAAAAAAAACCUGUACCCCAUAUUUUAUGCUGAUCGUCUGCAAGCUUGUGCGAUGUUAUGUUCAUGGCAACCCUAUUUGUAAAAUGAAGUGUCCCCGACCUUAUGUUAAAAAGAGAAUAACAGACUGUAUCCAGUUCUCUCGCCCUUACUGAGAAACCAGAUUUGUUUUCUUUUCUUUUUGUUGUUGUUGUUUGUUUGUAAUCUCAUUUUGAAAUAAUCGGCAAGUUGAGGUACUUUCUUCAAAUGCUUUGUACAAUAUAAACUGUUAUGCCUUUCCGUGCAUUCCUAUGGGAAGAGCAAGUAAAAAAUAAAGACUUACAAAAAUGA